GAAUAUAAUCUCAUCAGAUGAUAUACUAAAAUUAAAAAAAGUAUGUACAUGUAUAUUAACAGGUUUGUGUAAUUUACAUGGCUUAAAAUUCAAGAGAUAGGAGGGUGAAUACAGUAUAACAUCUCCACUCUUUUCUCCAGUGAUCAUGCUCUCCCCGGAAGCAGUCACUAUUACCAAUUUUUUAUGUUGCUUUCCAGAUAUAAAGUGUAUAUGCACACCACACACACAAAUAACAUACACUAAGUUAAAAUGUCUUAUUAUAUAAUUGUUAGUCAUGCCCAAAUUGUUUUCAAGCAAGCAGCUAUGAAAAUGCAAACUAUAGAUUCAUCUAACUUGGUUCAAGUAGAUUUGAUAGGUUGACAUUAUAAAAUUAUAAUAUUUUAGAUGUCACUAAAAUUUAUUGUGAGGCCCUUAGGGUUUGUUUGUUUUUGUGUGUGGGGUUGUUUGUUUUAUAUGUUUGUCUCAAUAGUAGGAGAAAUUUGGAAGUGAAAAAUUGAUACUGAUUUAGUCUGCGUAAGUUCAAUUCAGGAGGAGGAUUUUAUAGCAUUGAAUAUGAAAAAGAUAAAAAUUUGAUGUCUGAGUUCAGCCUACACACUGAAUCCUAAAUGCUCUAAUCCUUUUACAACUAUUUAAAUUAUGUAGGUAAAGGCAUUGAAGAAAAGUUACGUUGCUUAUUUGGUUAGCAUAGGCCCUUUGGAAGGAGUUUUUCAAGUCUUGGGGUAUCUUCUGAGAUUAUCCAUCCUGAUUUCAUAAUUCUAGAGCAGUUAACUGAAGCAACCUAAGAAAUCCAUAUGGAUGUAUGGUGCCAUGGAGACUUAUAAAGGAAUAGGAAUACAAGUUUGGCUGCCAAGUAUGCAAAAAUUAAAGAAUAUUAGAGUUGGAAGAAAUUUAGUAACCACCUGGUCCACUAAGGGGGAAAAAAAUAGUGGCUUUGAUGUCCUCUAUCAUAAUAUGAAACAUGGACAGAUAUCAACAAAAGAACUAGCAGAUUUUGUAAGAGAAAGAGCCGCAAUAGAAGAGGCAUAUUCCAGGUCAAUGACAAAACUAGCAAAGUCAGCAAGCAAUUAUUCACAACUUGGAACAUUUGCAGCAAUGUGGGAUGUGUUCAAAACAUCUACAGAGAAGUUAGCAAAUUGUCACCUGGAUCUUGUUAGAAAAUUACAAGAGUUAAUAAAGGAAAUUCAGAAGUAUGGAGAAGAACAAGUAAAGUCUCAUAAAAAGACUAAAGAAGAAGUUGCAGGAACUCUGGAAGCUGUCCAAACUAUUCAGAGCAUAACUCAGGCUCUCCAGAAAUCCAAGGAAAAUUAUAAUGCCAAGUGCGUAGAACAGGAGCGUUUGAAAAAGGAGGGAGCUACGCAAAGAGAAGUCGAAAAGGCAGCUGUUAAAUCUAAGAAAGCUACAGAUACCUACAAAAUCUAUGUGGAAAAAUAUGCAUUAGCAAAAGCUGAUUUUGAACAAAAAAUGACAGAAACAGCUCAGAAAUUUCAAGAUAUUGAAGAAACUCAUCUCAUUCGCAUGAAGGAAAUUAUAGAAUCCUUGUCAAACGCUAUAAAGGAAAUUCAUUUGCAAAUAGGUCAGGUCCAUGAAGAAUUUCUAAACAACAUGGCUAACACCACAGUUGAAAGUUUGAUACAAAAAUAUGUUGAGUCAAAAGGAACUGGGAAGGAAAGACCUGGCCUAAUUGAAUUUGAAGAAUGUGACCCUGCUAGUGCAGUUGAAGGUAUAAAACCAAGGAAAAGAAAGACUUUUGCUUUGCCAGGAAUAAUUAAAAAGGAAAAAGAUGCAGAAUCUGUGGAGUGCCCUGAUGCAGAUUCACUUAACAUUCCUGAUGUAGAUGAAGAAGGCUAUAGUAUUAAACCAGAAGCAAAUCAGAAUGAUACCAAAGAGAACCAUUUCUACUCAUCUAGUGACUCUGACUCUGAAGAUGAAGAACCAAAGAAGUAUCGGAUAGAAAUCAAACCUAUGCAUCCAAAUAAUUCACAUCACACAAUGGCUUCUUUGGAUGAAUUAAAAGUAUCUAUAGGGAAUAUAAUGCUCUCCCCAGCAAUAUCUAGACAUAGCCCAGUGCAGAUGAAUCGGAAUUCAUCUAGUGAAGAGUUAACAAAAUCAAAGCUGUCUGCUCCAUCCAAUGAGAAAGGGACCAAUGAUUUACUUGCUUGGGACCCCCUGUUUGGACCAUCUCUUGAUUCAUCAUCUUCAGCUUCACUAACUUCAUCAUUGUCAGCCAGGCCUACAACUCCUCUUUCUGUAGGCACCAUUGUCCCACCUCCAAGGCCUGCUUCCAGACCAAAGCUUACUUCAGGCAAACUCAGUGGGAUUAAUGAAAUACCUAGGCCAUUCAGCCCACCUGUAACUUCUAACACCAGCCCACCUCCUGCCGCUCCUUUAGCCAGGGCAGAAAGUUCUUCCUCUAUCUCAUCAUCUGCUUCAUUGAGUGCAGCCAAUACUCCAACAGUAGAAAUCCCCAAUUUCAGGUGUAUUGUGAAGAUCACUGGUGACAUGACAAUAUCAUUUCCAAGUGGAAUUAUUAAAGUCUUCACUAGCAAUCCAUCUCCAGCUGUACUAUGCUUCAGGGUGAAAAAUAUCAGCAGACUAGAGCAAAUUCUUCCUAAUGCACAACUUGUAUUCAGUGAUCCAUCACAGUGUGAUUCCAACACAAAAGAUUUUUGGAUGAACAUGCAAGCUGUUACUGUCUACCUCAAGAAACUGUCAGAGCAAAAUCCAGCUGCUUCUUAUUAUAAUAUAGAUGUAUUAAAGUAUCAGGUAUCAUCAAAUGGUAUUCAGUCCACUCCUCUGAAUCUUGCAACGUACUGGAAAUGUAGUGCUGGCACCACAGAUCUCAGAGUGGAUUACAAGUAUAACCCAGAAGCUAUGGUGGCACCAAGUGUGCUUUCCAACAUACAGGUGGUGGUACCAGUGGAUGGAGGAGUCACAAACAUGCAGUCCCUUCCUCCUGCAAUAUGGAAUGCAGAACAAAUGAAAGCAUUUUGGAAAUUAUCUGGUAUUUCAGAAAAAUCAGAAAAUGGAGGUUCUGGGUCCCUCAGAGCAAAAUUUGAUCUUUCAGAAGGACCCAGUAAACCCACAACACUUGCAGUGCAAUUUCUCAGCGAGGGAAGUACCCUCUCAGGAGUAGAUAUUGAACUUGUAGGCACUGGCUAUAGGCUUUCCUUAGUAAAGAAGCGGUUUGCCACUGGACGAUAUCUGGCUGAUUGUUGAUGGACCUGGGAAAGUGGUUGGCUCAAGGAAGUAGUACAGACCUGCCAUUCUGCAUUAUCUGUUCUUCCCAAACACUAUUCUAACUUGUAUUAUGUCUUUUAAACUUAGACAUAUUUCAGAGCUAAUUACAAACAUUAAAUUGCACUUUUAAAGUGAGUCAUUGAAAGAAAUAGCACUGAGAUGAUUUUCAGUGCUGUAAAUGAUCAACUGCAAUAUUCAGAAAGCACGUUUUUUCAGAAUCUCAGUAAAAUGAAGUUUUAAUAGUAAAAUUUAAAAUUAUCUUCAGUGUCUCUGUUGAAAAAAAGAGGUUAUGGUGAAAACAUCAGGUCAGAAAUUUCAGGAAAGCAAGCACAAAAUAAUUUAGCUUUCCAUAAAUUUUUAGAGUCAGAGGUAGCUUGGAAAUUUCAUAAAUUUGGUAUUAAAUGGAUACAAGCAGAACAUGAAUUCUAAGUUUUGGAUAAUGUUAAUUCAGAAUACUCAAUCAAAUUGAGUUAUGUGCCAUAAAAUAAUCAGACUGCAUUCCUAGUUGUAUUCAAAAAAUUUAAGAUUUGAUUUUCAUAUAAACAUUAAUAAAGUGUAAAUGGUAUUUUAUAUUUUUUUAAUUCUCAAGUGCAAUGUGUUUUAAAAUAAGCUUGCAAAAGACAGCAGAGAUAUUUACUUCUGCAGUUAGUUAACUUUAUAGAAGUUGUGAUUGUUUUUCAUGAAUUAAUGCUGUAGAUUUAAUUUAUUUUUAUAUGGAUUGCAUAAUGUGUGCCUUUUAAAACAGUAACAAAAACCAGAAACGUGCCUAUCCAGUUUGUGUUCGUUAAUGUGUCUCACUUGUUUUCUCACAGUCUGAAUUUUCUAUUCAGAAUCUUACGAUGGUCAAGCAGUUUUCCAAGGUAUUUGCAAUUUUAGUAAAUAUCUUUGACUGCAAUUGGGAAGGGAAUUCAGAGUAACUAAAAGAUAAUUUAUACUUAAGAUUUCUGGCUCAUUUUCCUUAGUGAUACACUGUAGCCACUAGAAAGAAAACUACACCUAAUGGCAUAUAUUUAUAGAGAAAAAUAACCUCAAAUAUUUGAUCUUAACUUCAUCAAAAGUAUGUGAGUUUUUAAACAUAAACUCUGAAACACUGUAAUGGUAAAUUGGCAAUUGGUAUUUUUACUUUCAAUUUAGCAUUUCCGUAAUUAUUCCAUUUAUCAUUAAAAAUUUACACAUUUAAUUCACAGAUUAUAUUGUGAACAUGAGUUUUGUAAUAUUUUGUGAGGAACAGCAUUUUAGAUAAGAUUAAAUUUGGCAGCAGAGAGAGAUGUACUGCCAUUUGUUUUGUUUUCAACAUUUGGAAACAAUUGGAAAAGUUAUCACUUGGUACAUUAUUUAAUUGCCACCUGUUAAAAAUAGAGAACUUAUAUGAAGUGAUGUUUUGGGGUAAGCAUUUCUUAAACUACUAAUACUGAAUAGUAAAAAAUCUAAUUUUACAGCAAAUCCUGAGUAAUUGCAGAAAUGAAAUAUUUUGGACAAAUUUUCAUAAUUUACAAAUGGGAAUUUUAUUUAUAAUGAUAAAUGCCAAUGUCCAUUUUGCAUAGUAGAAGUGAUAAGUUGUGUUAUAUGUAAUUUAUAUGAAACCACUAAUUGUUCUGUUAAGCUUACAGAAAACCCCUUUUACUAUACAUUUAUGUAAAAAUCUUGCUAUACUAAAUACAGCAGAAAAUCUACUCUUUAGGAAUAUGUAACACAGUAUGUGCUUAUUUUUAUAUAUUCAGUGUUAUCCCAAUUCUAAAUUUAGAUUUGACUGAAGUAACACAUAAGACAGUUUGCUAACAUGUUAAUCUUUACUAAGUAGUGAGCAAAACUAGAAUAUCGAACUCAUAUUGUGCUUUUUUAAAAUGCCAAUUAUUGUCCUUUACUGGAAUCGUAACUGUAAUCUGCUUUGCAAUCAAACUGCUUUUAUUGGGCAGUUAAUAUUUUAUUAUUGGAAUCCAAACUUUAUUAUACUCACUGUGUUUGUUUUUUAAUCAAGUAUUACCUACAAAUGUACAAAUUAGUGAAAUGGUUAAACUUCUGCACUUUCUUAAUUACCACAGUCUUCAUACCAAGUGUUGAUACAUAAAUUUCUAUUGGGUGCAAGUUACAAUUUUGAAGCCAUAUAAGUUUAUAUUGUUUUUUUUUUUUUUUCCCAUUUAAAAAAUUCCACUAAUGGUGUAAAACAGACCAGUAGAUUUUCAAUGGGAAAUGUAUUUAGCAAGCUGGUUCUUGCUUCUGUAUAGUGAUAAACUUUGUAGCUUCUCUUUAACCAAGGAUUUGUAAACACAGAACUCUAACAAAUGUGAGUUUUUAAGGGUUGUUAUUUACUACUUUGGGUUGUAAUUAGAACAAUGCAAAUCUAUCUUACAAAAUUUUGUAAAUAUUUUUGAUUUUUUUUCAUAAAAUGUAAAUUUUACAUGAAAGUUGUACCCUUAAUAAACAUGUAAUAUAUAAUUUAUUAAUUGGUUUUGUGUCUUUUUAUUCCUGUUGAAAGUAAUAGCCAUGCCAUAAGUGUUAGGGUAACGUAAGCCAGCCAAGAGGUGAAUUAUUUGUUUGAAAUUUGUACCAGCAUUUGAACAGGCAUACUGAUUGAACUAUGCAAUUUCAUUUUAAUUGAUUGUGUAGAAAAACUUCGUUUGGAUAAUAU